AUGGUGACAACGCGAAGUGGAGCUGGUCGCCCCGUCAACCGGGUUGGGACUCGGCGACAAAAGGUUGCAUCUCCAGCCUCCAAAUCCAUCAAACGAAGCACGUCAACACGCAAGUCCACCAGGGGGAGAAGACGCAAGGAUGCUGGAUCUGGCAGUGAGGCGUCACCGCACUCGACGGCAGAGUCGUCUCCGCAACCGGAGCCGGAUCAAAGCGAGAACGAGGCGCCGAAAAGCCCAUCUUUUUACCAAGGAAUCAACGCAAACGCAUCGAUAGAGAGACGUGAAGCGAAUGACAUACCGCAAGAAGACGACGAGGCUUUCUGGCGAAUGGUGCAUGAGGCCAUUGCAAAAGAGGUAGCUUCAGAGUGGCCUCUUCGCCACCAGCAGUACUCGGUGAAUCAGGAACAGGAACGACUCGACGAGGAACGCGGCGGUGCGGAAGUUGCCAAUGCGCAAACUUCCGUUCAGGAUGAAGUCAUUGUGUCGGAUCGAGGUUCGCCCCAAAGUCUAAAGUUGGAGAACAUCACUCGAGUGACCAGCAUAGCAGUGGACAUGCAGUAUAUCGAACCAGAACCCGAAGGCAGAAAAUCGAUAAGUAGAUACGUGUCUUGCCAUGUAGUGAAUAAAAUCAUCAACGUCAUGAGUAAGCCAGGAUGGACGAAUGAAAAGGGUGAUUGGACCGACGGACUACUCCAGCACGAAAAGGAAGACGCAGCGCAGUGGAUCGCUCGCCACUCCUCCUGUAUCACAGACACACGGGAGAGAGAGCUCUUUAGCUGUACGUCGUGUCUGUGGCAGCUCCUCAGGAACAUGCCCAAGUCGCCGCAUUUGGAAGAUCAAGCCAGGUUUCUGCGACAGCGGUCUACAGGGCUGAAGAACGCUCUCCGUAAGAUGCAAGACUUGGCACAGGGGAUCAAGGAGCAGAUGGUGCUCGCAAAGCAAUCAGGCGAAACCGUAAUUGAUGACGGAGAUGCCCGAUCCGAUUUGAUAACAUCGACAUGCGAGAGACUCAUUCCCGGAUUGAUCUUGACUCUGAAGGAGGCGUUGCUGUUGGGAGGCUCGCCAGGGACGCCCGAGACACCACAACGAGUGGGGAACUGCAAAGGAAAUUUCACGGCAUGCACUUUACAACUGGGACUUCGCAUCGUUGGUUUCAUCGAACUGUUAUCCGGCGUCAUUUUCCUGGACGAGACGGAACCCGAUGGAGAUUCGGCAAAGAGCGAUCAGGCACAACGCACCAAAAAGAAGUUGUUUGGGAGCUUCAACAGUGAUUUAUCCAAGCUGCGAGAUUGCCUGCUGGAAGCAAUGAACAAUCUUAAAUACGAUGCAGAAGCACCGCAGCGGCGGGCUGAGAUGAUGGAGCAUGACAAGCGUGUGCGCAAAGAACGCGAGAGGCAAGAUCGGCAGUUGGAAGAAGACGCAAAUCGACAAUAUGGUCUAUUUGUGGCUUCAAUGAAGCAGGACUCGUACUACCUCAAAUUCGGCUGGUACCGAAGUGAAGACAAAAUAAUUGUCGACCAUAUUCGAAAGAUCAAAUCACCAAAGAUUGAGUACCUUGUCACACAAUUACCAGGACGGACAGCGCGUCAAGUUGAAGAGCAGAUCAUCAAGUUGAGGGCGCGGAUGAAGGCGGACUUCAGGGCCCGGGGAAUGCCGCCCCCGAAAUGGUGUUAUUCUUGA